CCCGCAUCCUCCCCAUCGACAUACCACCGCCCACCUGAGCUCCGUCCCCAUCCACAAAGGGUCCUUCACUUUCGCCACUGCAUGCGCGCCCAACCUCCCAAUCGUCUUCCUCAACCGCCAUUUCAUCCCGAUCCAUUGAGCUUCGCUCGUCAAUCUCAGCCCACGGCAUCACGCCGGCGUCGCGCUCCCAUCCUCUCCGACGACUGCCAACCCGCGCCGCACCCUCUUCAACGCCAAGUCGCCACCAACCAUGCCACGUCCAAAGCCGCAACGGGCGUCCUCGACACGGAAUUCCCGCUCCUCCCACCGCAGCACCCUCUCCCUUAGCCGGACCGAGGUCGUCAUCAAUGUUUACGACCUCCUGCCGCCUGGCCGCUUGAGCUCCGUCCUUUGGACCAUCGGCUCUUCUCUUCUCCACUCUGGUGUCGUCAUCAAUGGAAAGGAGUACGCGUAUGGUGGCCACGACCGUCGUAACACCACCGGCGUGUACUGGACGCCCCCAAAGACAACGCCUCCAGGAGGCACAUUCAAGCUCGAGCUCCUUCACGGCUUCACAUUCGCCACGACCGCGGAAAUCGACGUCAUCAUACGCGCAGCCAGCAACGAGUUCCUCGGGACGCAAUAUAAUCUCCUUUCCAAAAACUGCAACCACUUUACAAGCCAUCUAUGUCAGAAGCUCACCGGCCGGCCGGGCCCGGGCUGGCUCAACCGUGCUGCCUCCAUCGGCGUGGCGCUCCCGUGUGUCGUGCCACGUGACUGGAUCGAGCCGCCCGAUUACGACAAUGCGGACGGCGAGCUGAUCGAGGACGACGACGACGAGGGAUACCGGGACCACGAACGGACGAGCAUGUUGCGGCAGAAUAGCGAUGCGCACAUUUUGGACCAGAGCACCGGCGAUGAGGACGAAGACGACUCAGGUGAGGAUGGCCGGCGACGGCAGUCAUCCGCGGCCAAGAAGGGCAAGGGGCCGGCUGGUCCCCAGCGGGAUACAAGCGGGAGGGCCAUUCCCGCCGCGGAGCGAGCCCCCAGGUGACUAGCGCUGCGCCAGGUGUUGCGAAAGCUGCUUCAUAGAAGUAGCCUGCCUCGCCCGCCUGCCAGAGCUGUCCGACCAGUCAGGAGCUGGAACUUGUUCGUCUGAACGAUGUCGAACCUAGUGCUUUUCGUGCAAAAGCGAUGGGGAGGAAGCUGAUUCCGUUUUGUUGUCUUUGUGUCAGGCUUUGAUUUUGUUUUUUUGCUGUGCUGGCUCGGCGUUGCAAGGUGUCCUGACUUUUAAGGAGUUUGGAGUUCGAUGGUCAUGACAUAUAUAUAUCUCCAACCACUUGGGCUCCAAUAUAUCUACCAUGCAUUCUUGCUAAGAACCAUCCUUUGCCCCCACGACCGUGCCUUAGACAUGCUGCAUAUCAAGA